AUGUUUCCCUCUCAUUUAUUCAUUUAUCUGCUCAGCGUUAAGGUCAUCCCCCUCCUCCUCUUACGGACGGCUUCCAUACACGCACUAACGCAACAGGAUACGCAAUAUUCGCUAAGAGAGAGGGGGUAUUCUCAUAUUCUUCUUUCACCUAAGGUUUGUGUUGAGAGGGGACGGUCACUAUUACCGACCUUUCCCUACAUUAAUGACAGCGAUAUCUACCCUUUACCCUCUUUGACGUUUUUACUGUUUGGAUGCCACCUAAAACUUUUGGAACGGCGAACGGCAGCUGUCUCCGAUGCUAGAGCAGCGAGGGGGAGUGAAACCCCUGAACAGACUUCUUUGCGUCUUUCACCGAUGGCCUCGAGAUCAGCUGCUCGCUUAUCUACGGAAAGCGCCGCUGCGCGGACUGAAAGGCUGGCUUCAACGGCUUCAACCAUGUCCGCACGCCGCGCCAGGCUUUCAGUUGAAGAACGUUCACUUCAGAAUUCACAGGACACAGUCUGCGUGGCUAGGUUGAGGGCUUCACAGUCCCCAGCACAAAAAACCCUUCGUCGUUUGCGGGAUUCCACCGCCAAAGCUUGCUCCAGGGGUUUAGAAAGCCCCGAACAAACAACUUCACGUCGUCUUAUGAAUACUAAGGCUACAGCCGCCUCUAGAGCUUCGAAACAACCCCAAGAAACCGCUCGUCGUCGCUUUAGAAAUGCCCUAUCCACCGCGUCUGCCAUAGCCUUAGAAAGCCCUGCACAUACCACUGUUCGUCGCGUUAUAAAUGCCCGCUCCACUGCAUCUGCUAGAGCCCUAGAAAGCCCCACACAGACCACUAUUCGUCGCGUUAGAAAUGCCUGCUCCACUGCAUCUGCUAGAGCCCUAGAAAGCCCUGCACAGACCACUGUUCGUCGCGUUAGAAAUGCCCGCUCCACUGCAUCUGCUAGAGCCCUAGAAAGCCCCGCACAGACCACUGUUCGUCGCGUUAGAAAUGCCCGCUCCACUGCAUCUGCUAGAGCCCUAGAAAGCCCUGCACAGACCACUGUUCGUCGCGUUAGAAAUGCCCGCUCUACUGCGUCUUCCAGGGCUGCAGAAAACUCUGAAGGAGAGCCACCUCAGUUCCUACAAAUUUACUUUCUCGCUGACUACAACGAGCAAGUUGAUGCGCGUCUCGGCAUUCUACCUAGCGAUAUUUCCGUCGGUCACCGUAGAGACAUUCUCGUUGUCAUCGAUGCAGACAGACGGCCUCACGGUGAGCAUGAGCGUCGCUUCAAUGCUCCUGCAUGUAAUGAAGUCUCUGCAGUCAUCCACGGUGAGGAGCAUAACAGCCGUGACAUUGUCAUAAGGUACCGCGGCGGUGGUCUGCGCCUGAUCAGUGAAACCCACCGCUCAUACGACUGUCUCCAGUACCCCCUUCUUUUUCCAUACGGAAGCGAUGGAACCGACUCGUACAUUCACCUUCGUGAUGGUCUGCGUUCUGAUGGUGACCCACGCAAUCUCGGCAAAGCGUGCAUUUUGCCUUCCUCUUAUACUGGUGGCCCUCGAUACAUGCAUGAAAGGACACAAGACGCAAUGACCUAUGUCCGUCAUUACAGGAGGCCUGAUUUGUUUGUCACGUUCACGUGCAAUCCAAAAUGGGUUGAAAUCACACGCGAACUUUUUUCAGGUCAGCAGUACUCACACCGCCCAGACCUAAUUGACCGCGUUUUCCGGUUACAGCUGCGUAAGCUUAUGGAUUUAAUCCUUAAAGGGCAAGUCUUCGGACGCGUUAAGUGUCAUAUGUAUACAGUGGAAUGGCAGAAACGCGGUUUGCCUCAUGCUCACAUCCUGCUGUCGCUCAACGAUAAGGUUAACGCAAACAAAAUAGACGAUUUUAUUUCUGCUGAAAUUCCGGAUCUAGCGCUGGAUCCUUUUCUCCACGAAAUCUUUAAAAAAAAUAUGAUACACGGCCCCUGUGGCGCGAAUUACGAAAAAAGGUCAUGUUGGUCGAGUAGCCCCACAUGCGCAAAGGGUUACCGCCGUAGGUUUAUCUCAGGAACGCAGACUGCGACGGAUGGUUACCCACUGUAG